CUGAUUCAGAUGGUUAAUGGGGAUUAAAAGUGUGAGGGAUUUAUAGUGUCUUUCCAUCACUCUUCUUCUCAGAAAAAUGCAGCUCUUCUUAAAAAGAUGGGGAAAAAUUCCCAAACACAGGACUUAUUUAUUUUGCUUGAGGGACUUGUCUUAAUGUCUCUUUAGAACACCAAAAUAUGUUUGGAAGAGCCCAAGGACCUUUCAAGAAGGGAGAUUUCCCAGUUUUUGCUCCUUUCUGGUGAACCAGUGCGCCCAGACUGUGUGUCCCUUGCAGCAGAGGUUUAUUCAGAGACCUCUGAUUCCUGCAGUGUGAAUAUCCUUGCUUAGAAGGGCAGUGCUGAAUUUUAAAUCAUGUUUAGCCCACAGGGAAGUCCUCCAGGCUCUGUAGGAUUAAACCUGAGCGGAGCAGAAGUGGUAUGAACAGCUCUGUAGGAAACUCUGGGCUGGGUUGGCUGAGGUGCUGAGCACUCUUUCAUCACCCUUCUAAAACUUUUUUUCACAGUUGGAAGGAAAGGGAGAAGCAGCAGGAAAGCUUGAAAUGAUACAUUUACUAGACUUUGCAACAAACCAGAUUGGCACAUUCCUGGGAAUGUUCAGUAGCUUGUAUUUAGCUGUAAACUGAUUUAUAGCUGAAGGUGCAGCAGAGCCUUGUAAUUUCACUGUGGAAUGUGUGAAAUACCUGUACUGGGACAAGAGCUUCAGGCACUUCAGAUCAGAUGUGAAUCAGAGCCUUUCCCAGGUGUCAAAGCUCUGUGAAACUACAGUUUCAAUCUACCAUUUCCAGUCUUGCCAAAUCAGUCACAGAAAGACAGGGAUCAGGUUUGCUGUAAACACAGAUCAACACCGAGUGUGAGAAAAUGGCACCGACAGUUGAAGCUUUGAGCUUCCCGCCUUUGGCAGAGGACAAAAGUCUUCCCUGCUCCCUGCAGUUUCUGUUUAAUUAUCUACAAACUCUGCCCUGAGAGAAUUGUCACUGGUCUUGUUUUCUCACAGGCUGAGAAACCAGAGUGGAGUUGCCAUCACAUGCCUACUCCAGCGCAUGUCUAUUUUCCUGAAACAAAUUAGGGGUUUAGGAGAGAGUCUGGAGAGGGACUUUGGACAAGGACAUGGGGUGACAGGAUAAGGGGGAAUGGUUUUGCACUGCCAGAGGGCAGGGUUAGAUACUGGAAAGAAGUUCUUGACUGUGAGUGUGGUGAGGCCCUGGCACAGGGUGCCCAGAGGAGCUGUGGGUACCCCAUCCUGGAAGUGUUCCAGGCUGAGCUGGAGGGGGCUUGGAGAAGCCUGGGAUAGUGGAAGGUGUCCCUGCCCAUGGCAGGAGGGUGGAAUGAAAUCGUCUUGAAGGUUCCUUCCAUCCCAAAUCAGUUUGUGAUUCAGUGAGAACCUAACUAAAACCUGGUUCCUUGUUAGCCACCAUAUUUUGUAGGUUCUGCUUCAGAAUAACCUGUGUGACCUGUCUGCCCAUGAGCAAUUCUUGCAUCUUACAUCCCAGAACCAUCUGUGCCCUUGGCCUCCAAUCUCUGAACUGGCUCCCUGUGCAGGGAUAAAGUGUGAUGUUAAGAAGCAGAUGUCACCAUCCCAGUGCUGCUGGGAGGGGAUGUAGGGGCAGUUCACUCUCGUGAGAGCUCCCUUGCUGCUAUUUUUAGUUGCUUCAUUUUCUUUCUUUUGGAGAAAUAAUUAUUGCUGUCUCUUUGUUCAUGUUCAGGGAGCUUGUGUAUCCCUUCAUUUCCCCCUGCUGAGAGACUCCAAUAGAUAAAGCUCACAAAAACACAAAUGUCUUGCCCAAAAGUUGGCAAAGCGUAAUAGAAGAUUAAUUGUAAAUAGCCCUUGCUAAAGGACUAAAAGAACUUCUUUUUGUCCCAAAGUGAUUGCUCUUCAGCACUCAUUUUUCUUCCACAGGUUGAAUUACACUCAAGGAGCUCGUUCUUGCCUACAUGUGAUAUUAGUUUGCAUUAUCAUCUGUGGUAAUAGGUCUUAGAUAACAUGGAAAUUAAGAGAAAAGGAAGAUUAGGCUUCAGUCUUCUAGGAAACCAGCAGGGAUGCUUUCAAGCCUUAACUUGUUCAGUGUGUUGGAUUAGGAAUGUGAGUCUUCAUGAGGAUGCUUGUUUAAAUUCUUGGAUCCAUCACUGUUUACUUCUUCCCUUUUUCUUUGUGUCAUUCCUUUAAGGCCAUUUUCAUUAUUCUGUAUUUUUCUUGCAUUUAAUUCACUACAAUAACCACAACUUUUGCUGUAGUUCAGGUGUUUGGUGCAGCUACACAGAAACCAGGCCCUGCACCUUAUUCUGCAUCUGUUCAGUGACUGCCAGUUUAUAUUUGCCUUUUUUCCUUACUUUUUACAGAUCACAUCUAAAGUCACUGAAACUCUAAGGCUAGGAAGUGUUACGACUUUGCUUCUUCCCCAGCUCCUGCCCUAGCUUAUUUAGUGACUGAGUCACAGGUGGUGGAACAUGGCUGGACAAAUAUCAGAGUCGGAUCAGAUCAAGCAGUUCAAGGAGUUUCUUGGCACAUACAAUAAACUUACAGAAAAUUGCUUUGUGGAUUGCAUAAAGGAUUUCACUAGCAGAGAUGUGAAACCAGAAGAGAUAACUUGCUCAGAAAACUGCCUGCAGAAGUAUCUAAAGAUGACACAGAGGAUCUCCAUGAGAUUCCAGGAGUACCACAUCCAGCAGAACGAGGCUCUGGCAGCCAAGGCAGGACUGCUCAGCCAACCUCGUUAGACCAGAGCACUGUGCUCUGACUUAAGCUGUGCCAGUGUUCCCUGGGCAAGAACACAUUGGGGGAUCCUGUCAGGAUGUGUGUCCAGCAGCUCAGAGCAGAGCUGUGGGUGCUGCUCAGGCAAUGGGGGCCAUGAAGGGUUAAACAGCUCAGUCGUGGUGGCCUGGCAGUGGAAUUUGUUUCCACAAGGGAAUGAUGCAGAUGCAGCUUUUCCCAGGGCCCACAGACUGGUGUCCGAAUUUCAGGGGUGGUGGGAGGGCUCACUUGCCUUGUGCCAAGACUGGUUGAGAUGAAUCAAUUUAACGUGGGGAAUACACUUUUUUAUUUAAUUCAAAUAAAAUCAACAGGAGCUAAA